GAAACCAUAGACUAGAUAUUAUAUAUAGUAUAUUUGUAAAUAUAUUUCAUAAUUUGUGGAGAGACUACAAAUAUAAUUUUAAUCGUAGAUUAAAGUUUGUUUGAUAACUGCAAUCAAUAAUCUUUAAGUAUAAGAAAAAAUUUUUAUUGUUUUGAUUUAAAUUUGAAUCAUUGAAGUAUGAAUACUGACCCAAAUGAUAAAUUAAGAGCAAGAAUUAUGAAAAUGGAUUGUGAAAAGCAUGAAGACAAAAAUAUUUAUAAUAUGAAUGGUUUAUUAUUAGAAAGCAAAAAAGAUUUAUGUGAUUGCAAUGUGAUAACUUGUCCUGGAUGUUUUUAUCCAUGUGAGAAUUGUAGUGCCACUAAAUGUGGACAUCAAUGUAGGGUAAACCGUGAAUGGAGGUAUGAAAAAUGGACUCCAUAUCAAGAAGUUAAAAAAUAAUUUUAAUAGGCUACGUUAAUUAAAAAAAAAAAAAAAGAUAUUUCAUAAACAUUAAAUUAAAAAGAAUAUUUUUUAUGAAUAAUUUAUAAAUCAAUGAAUUAUUAAUAGUUUAAUAUUAUAAUUUUUUUAAUACUAAGAAAAAUUGACUUAGAUAUUAAUUAAAUAAUUGUUAAAUGAAUUUUAUAUUCAUAAUUUGAUUAAUGCCUUCACAUUUUUAAACUGGAAGUCAUUGUAAAAUAGAAUAAUAAUUACAAACAUUUUAGUUUUCCAAAUAUAAAGGAAUUGUUUUACAUCUUAAAAAUGUUCGAAUAAUUUAAUGAACUGAUAUUAAAUUGAUGAAUAAAGAUAAUCAAAAAAAUAUACUACAAAUAUAGGUUAAUUUAUAUCUAUUUAUACAAAAUGACAAAGAAAAUUGUAAUAAUAAUAAAAGUAUUAUUUAUUAAUAAAGUAUUUAAAUGGGUUUAUUUUAAAUCUGUCUUUUCUAAAUGAGCAGCCCAGCUUAAGUUGGUAGGUGAAGAUGGUACUAUCCAACCUAUUGGUAUACAACUACUGUUUCUUGUUUGUGUACUGUUUUCAGGUAUAAUAUAUUUAUCCCAAUCUUG